CGCAGCAUUACCAGUCGGGGUGACUCGGAGGAGUGGAGCGAGGCAAUGCAGGAGCCACUCACCGAUUUCGUCAAUUGUUUUCCCUCCAGUUGACUGCCGUAUUAUCUGAGGACUUCUAUCCGUCUUCCCGAAGCCAGGAUUACUCUGGGGGCGGGGGAGAAAAGACAGUUUCCCCUUUUUUUGAAGACACAUUAAAUUCUAAUUUAUUCGUUUUUUCCCCCUAUACUUUUGUGCUUCUUGUGUGGUAUUUUCUCAACCUGCUAUAAUCCAACUUUGGCUCCUUUUUAAACUGCUGAACUUUGGAGACAAGUCCGUCUGAAGUCUUGACUUUAGCGGAGCUCAGAAGGGGGAGGAACCUCACAGGAUGGUUUGACUCGGAGGAGAGCGUGGUCGCCUCUCGUGUCCUGCAUCUUUCCCUGUUGCAAAGAGAGAAAACCCAUUGGCUCUCAGGAAGGAGAGGGAGACCGGUGGGAGAAAAAGCACGUGGUUGUUGGAUUUUGAGGGUUUCAUAUUCCAAAGACCAGGGGAAAACAUUUGCAACAGAUUGCAAAAAAGAAAAUCUUUAAUUUGGGGGUUAGAAAAUAUUCCUUUUGUCCGCUCCGCUUCAGCGUUGCAGCAUGGCUGGGAUGUAUGGAUGCUUCAAGGCCAGGAAAUGAAGCGGAGGAUGUCACCGUGGGGAGCCAGCUAUGGAAGUGGGCGCAGCAGUGACAGUGCGGCGAUGGCAUCAGGACCUCCAGAUGUGAUGGCCAAUCAGGAGCCUGCAGAGGUCCAGGAGGAGUGCUCAGGAAAGAAAAAGUCCAAGUUCCAGACGUUCAAAAAGUUUUUCGCCAGGAAGAAGAGAAAGGAGCCGUCAGCCGCCGGAGCAGACGCGGGGCUUAAAGGCAGCCAAUCGAGCGACAAUGUCAGCAAAACGUUGGAGAAUAACACACUCACUCGAUCGGAGAAGGGCAAGGGGUCAAAGAUCAGCCUGGGCAGCAAGGCCUUGUCACAUGACUCUGUCUUUGUUUCUGACUCAUCGGAGGCCAACGAGGCUCUGGGGGCGUCCCAGGACAGCAUUCACGGGAAAGUGAAAUCGCUACAGCUCCAGUUGAAACAGGCUAUCAGACUGGGCUCCCCUCCAUCCCUGAUGUGCGUGAAGAGGACGGAGGACGCCGGAACCACGUCUGAGGAUGAUGGCCUACCAUGCAGUCCACCUGAAUACACUGCACUUCGCCCUGCCAUGGCCCAGACGAACAGUUCCAUCAGUUUGGAGGGAGCAGAUAGUGACGACGACCAGCUGUCCUGUGCAGCCUCCAGUAGAGCAAUGAGCCCCCUGGUGGUUCCAGUGGACUUCAGUCAGCCGGCCAGUCCCUUCGCCUGUCUGGACAACUCUGCAGCCAAACACAAGCUGGGCCUGAGACACAAAGCCUGCAACAAGAGGAAACCUGCCAAUAGGCUGGAGGUGCAGACAGAUGGAGACUGUGUGGUGGCUCAGAUCCUGAACGACUCCGUCACAGACUCCUUGGAGGAGCACAAGCAACAGAAGACAAAAGUUGUAAGUUUUGAUGAGCUGAAACCAAAGGGGGAGAGGGAGGAGGAGGAGGAGGAGGAGGAGGAAGAUGAAGAAGAUGAAGAAAGGGAGGAGGAGGAGGAAGAAGAAAGGGAGGUGGAGGAGGAGGAGGAAGAAGAAAGGGAGGAGGAGGAGGAGGAGGAGAUGAUGGAAGAGCAACCGCAGCAUUCCAGACAAUCUCUGUUGAGAUGUAUGGAGGAGCAGGAGCAGGAGGAGUUAGAGAAAGAGUCGGAAGUAGAACAGGAUGUUUCUCACAGUCCGGACCCUUCCUCUACUCCUGAGCCAAGUCUCGCAGAGGAGGAAGCCCCGGACGCCCAGCCCCUGCCCUCCUCGCAGCCCAGCUCCAGAGCCUCCUCUCUGGACAGUCCCAGAGCCACACCAGAGCCCCCUGCUGGCCCACGAGAGUAUCUGCUGGACCCCCCGGGUAUCGCUUAUGGAGCAGAGAUCAGGGUUGAAAGUGAGCUGGCGCUCAGAGCAGAAGAAGAUGGAGUCCAGGAGGACGUGGAGGAGGAGGAGGAGGGCUCCUUCUUGCAGGAGGUGCUGAGUUCCUUGAAAACUCCCCUUGUUUCCUGCUCGCUGAGCGUAGGGACCGAGGACCUCGUCCUGGAGAGGGAAGAGGAGGAGAUGAAGGAAAAAGAGGUCGUAGAGAACAGGGACGGGGGAGAGGCGAAGGAAGACGAGGCCGAGGUGAGUGAGUCUGUCGGUCAUCAGGCUGCUCCCUCGGGCCCCCUUCUGAUGUGUCACACCACCGAGGAAGACGAUGAGGCUCUUCCCUGUCAAGAAGAAGUGGUUCCCAUUGAAGACGAGGCAAAGGGUGGUGAAGAAGACGAAUCGGAGGAAGAAGAAGAACUGGUCGUGGAACGAUUUGUUCUACAUGAUCAAGAAGAAGAAGCAUCAGCAGAGGAAGAGGAGACAGAGGAAGUUGAACCUGAGGAGGUAAAUGUUGUGCUGUCGAAACAAUCUGACAUCCAGCCGGAGGGAGACAGACGAGAAGAAGAGAGUGAGAGAGAGGAGGAAGUGAUAGAGCUGAAGGAGGAGCCAGAGGUGGAUGAGGAGGGAUGGGAGAACAGAGAAGAGGAGGAGGAGGAGGAAGAGGAGGAGGAGGAGGAGGUGAAGGAAGUGAGCGCAACAGUAGUGGCAGAGGAAGUGUUCGAAAAAGAGAGGGAGGACGCAGAGGACGCGGCCGAGACCUUCCCUCAUGCAGAGGAGGAAGAAGUUGAAAUGGCCGUGUCAGUGCAGGAGACAGAUGAAGAUGUGGAGCCGGUGGUUGGAGAAGACACUGUGUGCACCGCAGGACACACAAGUGAUGUUGACACCCCCACGGCGCUGGGUGAUCAGGUACUUGCCAAAGUGCAGGAGGGGCAAGAAACGUCAGAGAUGGCUGAGGAAGGGCCAGAGGUCGACCUCUCAGAAGAAAAAUCAGUACGAGAGCAAGACGCGGAAGCAAAGCGACCUGAUGUGAUUGAAACUGAGCGAGGGCGUGUCAAAAAGGUCACCUUCAUAGACACAAAACCAGUGGAAAAAGAUCAAACCGAAGCCACAGAGCAGGCUGCUGUUCCUGCAAAGCUGCCUCCUUUGUCUCUGUCGGAGUCACAUUUUGAGACUCCGUCGCACGAGAGCGGGCCCGUCUCCCCCAGCAAGACCAGCACGUCCACCCUCCAUAUAAACCUCGUCUCGCCCAGCGCAGAGAAAGUCGCGCCUUUCUUCCCGCAGCCCCCAGACGCCGCCGACGUCAAAGAAACUGACGCCCAGCCCCCUCGGCGCGCUGGAGAAGCCGCAGGGCAAGACGACGCGGCCGCAGAGAGAGAACGGGCCGCCGCCGUGGAAGAGGCAGGGGAGGACAAACAGUCCGCCGCGGAAGAAGAACCCCCCCACCCUGCCUCUGACGAGGACGGAGAUCAGGGUAAGGUCCGCUUCACCAUCGCGCCCGCCUGGCAGAGGUCACAGAGUUUGAGUCCCCCCUCCUCUCCACCCGCCUGCCCCGCCGUUUUCUCAUCUGCCGCCGCGGGACCCGGAGGCGAGGAGGCGGAAGCUACGCCGAAGCAGGACCCGGUUGUGAGAGCGGAGCCGGCGAGUUCGCCCCGGGCCGAGCUGGCGUCGAGUCCCGGCGGGGCGAGGACAGCCGGGAGCGCCGCCGUGGAGCCGCAGGGCAGCACGGCCCCGUCUCCGCCCUCCGCCAAACCUCAGGCCUCAGCUGCUGCAGGCGCAGAAGAGAGCUCCUUCGCGGCGGAGGGAAACCCGGACAAUCCGUUCGGGGUCCGGCUGAGGAAGACCUCGGCUCUGCACCUCUUCAGCUCGGAGGAGGAAAACACAGAGUCUCCCAUCGAGCCUCCACUUCAGCCGACCAGCUGUAAAGCUGAGCCACCGCAGCCAAUCGGUGCCAAACCUUCCAUUAGUCAGCCAAUCAUCAACAAGCCUGCCCUCCCUAGGAAACCAGAUGUACACGGAGACGGUGGAGUUAAACCCAAGCGUGUCUCAGACCCGGCAGCAGCUCGUGGUGUUUCGGGUGGAUCUGAUUCUCCCAGCUGGAUCUCUGUGGCCAAACAGAAACAGAAGAUCUAUAAAGAAAGCUCGCUGGAUGAGAUCACUGUCAAGAAGGAGGAACAAGUGAGGAAGUCUUCGCUGCCAAUGUACGCCAGCUCAGUUGCAAGCAGGGAGCAGAGCAACAAAACAGCUGAAUCCACAUGCAGAGUGAGUUUAUUGGAGAUGAGUAAGCCUCCGGGGUCUGUAGAAAAGGAGGCACGGAGAGCUCUCUCUCCUCCAACUCCAGUGCCACCUCAACCCUCAAAAGCCCAGUCCCCGGCCUGUCCUGUCCCUCCGAAACCCCAAGUUCCAUCUGCCGCAGCCAAACCCCCGCCCCAACCCAACCCAGAACAAAGAUCUCCGCCAGCCCCUACUCCAGUCCCCGUUCCCCAAAAAUCUCCCUCUUGCACGAGCCCACCGUCUCUCUCCAAACCCGGCACCUUCCCGCCUCCCUCCAAGACGCCCCACAGUGCGACGGUCGCCGCCGCUCCUUUUUCACAGCGGACCGCUCCAGAAAAGGCCGGCUCAAGAGCCGCGGGUCUCUCUGGGCAGACCGCGUCCUCCCCGCGGGGCUUGCCUCCCCCUGCUUCGCCCCAGGACGAGCCUCCGUGGAUGGCGCUGGCCAAGAAGAAGGCCAAAGCCUGGAGUGAGAUGCCCCAGAUCGUCCAGUGACGGAGCAGGUUUAAAAAAAAAAAAAAAAAGUGUGUGUACUUGGGCCUAAGCUUGCUCAAAGGAAAACAAGAGGGUCACAUCUGAAAAGGGGCUUGAAGUGGGGCCGAGAGUCUGGACGGACCGGAAUGCUUUUGCACAAAGAGUUGUUGUUGCUGUUUUCUGUUAUUUUCUUAUUAUCCUGGCUUCAGAUUGGUACAAGCUCCCCAAUCACACAGCUAAAGACAGGCUGGGUUUAACCUCCAGUUCCUUUGAGACCUGCAUGUCGUCCAGACAUGUUUUCUAAAUGACAGGGUGGGACCCCUAAAGUUACUGCGUCGUGCUUGAAGCGGACCCAAACACAUGUAGUCUCACUGCAGUAAAUAUUCCAUUUUAUCUACGGUCACCCAAAUGAUUCCACCCGAUGUCGCUAAAAUUGUUCAGGGAAGAAAGAGAGGGAGACCUUACCUUAGAACGAGGACACUUUAUUCACACAGGAGAAAAACACAAAGUAAAUCAUGGGGUUUGUGAUCUGUGUUUCUGUGUGUGUGUGUGUGUGUGUGUGUGUGUGUGUGUGUGUGUGUGUGUGUGUGUGUGUGUGUGUGCGUGCGUGUGCGUGUGUGUGCGCGCGUGCGUGUGUGAGUUUUAAGGCAGUGAUAUGUGCUCACAUUCUGAGGAAUUUGGAAAAAUCUCCACGGCCUGAGAGAAAUAUGAGAUAACAUCCAAGCUGGAGAAAAAAUAAUGUUCUGAGCUAAAUGCUGCUUUUCGUGCGUUUUGUUAAAAAAAAAGGAUCUGUGCGUCGGGUUCUUCAGACAAAUAUAUUUCUUUAUCAUAACCUUAUCCACAGAUACUUAACUAGUGAGGUGUGUUGUGCUAGCGAAGCACCGAGUGUGUCCAAAAAUGUUUCAGGUUGUCAAUUGUAAAUUAUAUUUUUAAUUGUUUUUGUCUCUCUUAAUCUUUUGUCUCUCUCAAUAUCUUUUGAUAUUUUGAAUACUUAACUUUGGAUCAUGGUUCAGCACCCUGCAGAAACGGAACAGCUCCAGCUAAUCUACCAUUACUGCUUUGGGUCUUUUUAAUACUUUUUACUACAUCACCGCGUCGGCAGCGCGAGGUGGGCUAUGACAUAUGUUCCAGUUACAACUAAGCGUGUAGAUAAAUCCUAAUUUAGCUACGUGGAGAUCGGUUCGCUGGAGGAUGCAAAGCAUCUCUAGAGCAAAUGUCACAGUUGAAAGUUUCAAUUAAAUCUAUAAUAUCUCACAGUCACUAUGCGUUUUUGUUUUAUUUUGUGUUGCCUUUUGAGAAUUUGUCUUGUUCAUGAAAUGUGCAGUAAAGAACAAAUGAAAUCA